AUGGCGAAACUAAUUCGAGUAGGCUUUAUUGGCCUCAAUUCCAGCUCCGCAAAGACCAUGUCAGGCCAGUGGGCCACCAAUGCUCAUCUCCCAUAUCUGACCAAGUCAUCUGAAUACACCAUCACUGCUCUGUGCAAUUCUUCAAUGGAAUCGGCAAAAAAGGUAAUCGAGCGUCAUGGACUCGAUCCCGCCAAGGUCCAUGCUUAUGGAGAUCCGGAAUCGUUGGCCAAUGACCCCGAUGUCGAUCUCGUGGUGUGUUCAGUCAAUGUGGCUCAACAUUACACGCUCUGCAAACCAGCACUACUCUCUGGAAAAAUGGUCUUUUGCGAAUGGCCUCUGGCGUCCAACAUGGAGCAAAUGAAGGAGCUUGCCAAUCUAGCCUCGGAGAGGCACGUCAAAACCAUGGUGGGUCUGCAAGGCAGAAACGGGCCGUAUAUCCAGGCCAUCAAGAACAAGAUAGGUGAUGGGCCGGGACAAAUUGGACAGAUUCUCAGCACAUCGGUGACCGUUCAGACACACCUUGGCCUCGCCUUGCCCCAAGACGUUGCCUACUUGGCGAAGAAAGAAGUGGGUGGAAAUAUUCUCACAAUUUCGGCCAUUCAUUUACUUGAUACUCUGACAUCCGGGUUGGGAGAGAUCAAAGCAUUCCAUUCCGUCGUGAAGAACAAGCGAACUACCUUCGCCCUCCUCGACAGCAAUAUGAAGGUUAUUGACCCGGCUCAUCCCAUCACUAGUCCUGAUCAUGUGUUUGUCCAUGGAGAGCUAGAGGGAGACAUUCCGUUCGACUUCCAGCUUCGUGGUGGACCGCCGUUCAAAAACACCCCAUCAUUAGAUUGGCGAAUAUAUGCCAUGAAGGGGGAGAUUCGUAUUAGUUCCAUGGGAGGGAAUCUGUCGACAGAGAAAGGUGUCAAAUUCCAGGUGUAUCACUUUGAUACCGAAGAGGUGGAAGACAUUGAGUUGGAUAAAGUGUUUGAUGAGAACGAUCCCGGCUUGGGUUUUCAACCACCGGCUGACAAUGUGGCGAGGCUGUACAGUGCCUUUGCCAAAGGCGAGACGGACAAGUACUUGAAUUUCCAGCAGUCGCUAAAAUGGGCUGAGUUCAUUGACAAGCUGUAUGAGUAG